AUGCAGUUUUCUAUAUACUUGACUGUUGCUUUCCUGGCAUUUGCCGCGGCAGAAAAACUAGAUGUGGGCCCGCAAGUGUUCGCAGAACACCAACCCGCAUCUAAGUCGUCUCUAAAACCGGAUAAAAGAAGUGUGGUCCAGGAGUACACGCUUUAUCUUACUCCAGAUGAAAUCAAAGCUUUACAAGGUAUUCAAAGUUCUGAAAAUGUCGAAAAGGCGCAAUCUCCUAAAGAAAGUCAAUCUCAACAAGAAAAGGAGGAUGAUCAACAGCUAAAAUGGUACAACAGUCAAUUUUUACCCGAAUCAUCCCAAUUAGAAAUCCAAGCUGCUCAAGAUGCCUUUCUCCAUAAGCAAAAUUUGAAUUCGGGAAUUCAACAAGGCAAUUAUCAAUAUAUUAACUUAUAUUCCGAGGAAACGCCUAAAGAGGAACCAAAGGAGAUCCAAACUGAAGCCGAGGAUGCCAAACAAUUCGAAGAGUUUUAUAAGUGGCAAAAAGAACAGGAUGAAAAAAUAAAACAAGAAAGUAACUUGAAAACCGAUGACAAGCAGAAAAACCAAUUAGAAAUCCGAGGAUUGGCUUCCCAUGAUAUCUUUUUCCAAAAGCAAAAAGUUGAUUCAGAUAUUCAACAGGGAAAAUAUCAAUACAUUAACUUAUAUUCAGAAGAAAUACCUACAGAACAACAAAAGGAGGUAAAAACUGAGAAUGUUAACAAUUUUGAAAAGUAUUUUGAUUGGCAGAAAAAGCAAGAUGAAGAAAACAAGAAACAAAUCAAACAAGAAAUCGACUUGCAAAAAGAAGCCAAAUGGAAGCCAUUUUAUACAAUUUCUGCUAAGCAUCAUGAAAACAAGAUACUGAAUGAACAACUUAAGCAGCAAUGGGACAGUAUUUUAGAUCACAAUCGUAUUCAGUUGAAGACUUUAUCAUCUGCACCAAAAGAAGCACAGGAAUUGAAACAAAACGAAAAGUCCACUGAACAAAUUCAAUCGACCACAAAAUCUGAAAUUGAGAAAGAAAUUGAAAAUAUUUUGAGAGAUCACAGAGCUUUCGAACUAUCUCAACAGAACGGUGUAAGUUUAGCGGAAGCGAUCAACAAAAGGCCACCAAUCCUGAUCCACAAAGAAGUGAGUGUCACAAAGCACCUGCCAGUACCAUUUGUCAAAAAAGUAAAAGUACCAGUGCCUACUCCAGUCUUAGUUCCUGUGCCUGAACCGUACCAAGUGAAGAUUCCCCACCCAUACCCCGUACUUUACAAACUGUAA